GCUCAAUACGAAGCUGGAGUCCGCAGGGUAUCCCUCUAUGACUUCUCUGGUCAAGGAUCUUUCGGACGGAGUGAGGCUGAUACAGCUCAUGGAAAUCAUGGGCGACACCACUCUUGGACGUUACAAUAGGAAUCCCCGAAUGCGCGUACAGAAGGCAGAGAAUGUUAACAAGGCCCUCGAGUUUAUCACUUCGCGUGGCGUCAAGCUUACGAACAUCGGCCCAGAAGACAUUAUGGAUGGAAACCUCAAACUAAUCUUGGGCAUGAUCUGGACCCUUAUUCUCCGAUUCACCAUCGCAGACAUCAACGAAGAAGGUCUUUCAGCCAAGGAGGGACUUCUACUCUGGUGUCAGCGCAAAACUGCGCCGUACGACGACGUGAAUGUCCAGGAUUUCUCCCUCAGCUGGUCGGAUGGCCUGGCCUUAUGUGCCCUGAUUCACUGUCAUCGACCCGACUUGAUAGAUUAUCAUAAACUGAACAAGUCAGACCGUCACGGAAACACACAACUCGCGUUCGAUGUGGCUGCAGAGCAUCUCGGGAUUCCGCAACUCCUCGAGGUCGCGGAUCUGUGUGAUUCUCACCGGCCAGAUGAACGUAGUGUCAUGACCUACAUCGCUAGUUUCUUCCACGCCUUCUCCUCUAUGGAUCAAGCAGAGACUGUAUCACGCCGACUAGAGAAAUUUGCAGAACUGAUGCAGUCAAUAUGGCUCAGUCGGAAUGACUACGAGCGGCGCGUCAGGGCUCUCCUAACAUCUCUCUUCGAUAUUCAAGACCAGUGGGAUGCCGUCAAGUUCACGGGGACUUACACCGACGCCAAGGAACACCUGAACAGCUUCGCCACUUAUAAGCAAACGCAGAAACGUACGUGGGUCACUGAGAAGCAGGACGUGGCGACGUUAUUUGGGAAUGUGCAGACGAAGUUGAAGACGUAUGGGCUGAGGGAGUACGUACCACCUAUGGGCCUGGCGCUAUCCGACCUAGAUGAUGCAUGGCAGGAUUUGCUAGCGGCAGAGGCUAGGCGUUCAAGAUCGAUCAAUGCACAGAUCAGAGAAAUCAAAGAAUCGCUACGCAAGCAGUUCGCAGAUCUCGCAAAUGACUUCCAAAGGCGGGUACACGGCAUCUCGACCGAGCUUUCCGCAAUAGAUGGUCCUCUCGAGGAACAACAAACCCAGGUUGACCAACUUCAGACCCGAAUACCUAGCCUCUCUGCAGCGCUCGCGGAGGUUGAGGGUGCCGAGGCUGAAUGUGCGGCAGCAAAUGUGGAAGAGAACGAUUAUACUGUGUUUACUUGUCAAGAUCUUGUGUUCGAGCUGGAACUGGUCGUACAAGGGAUUGCGAAGAAGAUUGCGUUCAUUGAUAACCAGAUUGUAUCGAGGAAUAUGACAAAUCUUACACCGGCACAGCUAGAACAGUUCGAGAGCACAUUCCGAUACUUCGACAAGGACGAGUCAAACACACUCGAGCAGAGCGAGAUGACAGCUGCGCUCGCAAGUCUCGGCAUCGUCUACGCUGACGAUGAUAUGGACAUCAUAUAUGACCAGCUUGUGCAGGACUACGGCGCAAUCACUUUUGAAGCUUUCAUCAACCUCUUGGUUGAUAUCACCGAGGAUCAAACCUCGCCAGAUCAACUGCGCGAGGCCUUCGAAGGCGUAGCAGGGAACAAGCCAUUCGUCACGGAACUGGACCUCAAGCUUGCACAUUUGCCUGCGAGUGCAAUUGACUACCUCCGCGAAGUGAUGCCUACAGCGGAGAACGGCGCCGGGUCUGGGCAAGAGAGCGACAGGGAGUAUGACUACCAGGCUUGGUUGGAUAGAGUGUUCGACUAUUGAGGCUGUUGUGCAAACUGCGAUGACUUGUCACGGACUUUUGAUUCAUCUACCUUCGUUGUCGUUUGUUGUUGUAAUCUGGUGUACUUUUCGGUGAUGUGGUAGAGAACUUGAACAACACAAUACUCGUACUUUUACU